AUGGCGGCGGUUGCAGAAUCCGCCGAGCGGAAACCCCGCAAAUCCGUUGCUUUCGAAAACAACACCACCAUCGUCGACAGCGACGGCCAGGUCACAGAAUCCGCCGCCAUGAACGGUGACAAGGAGAGCGCAGCGUCGCACACCGCGGGUACGUCUCUCAAACGUGACGAUUCCGCGAACAACGAUGCUGACGCACACAUGGCAGGCGAGGACAAGGCAGUCGACGAGGUGACCGACAUGUUCGCCGGCCUCAACAAAAAGAAGAAGAAGAAGCCCAAGACCGAGACCGAGGGUGACGACGCCGAGGACGUGCUUUCUGGCCUCAAGAAGAAGAAGAAGAGCAAGAAGCCCAAGGCGGACACGGACGACUUCGAGGCACAGCUCGCGGCCAAGGUGGGCGACGAGAAGGAGGAGGACAAAGAGGAGCCCGAAGAAGAGCAGAUCGAAGAGGGCGACAUGAUGAAGGGCACCGGCAUCUGGGCGCACGACCAGACCAAGGAGAUCCCCUACAAUAUGCUGCUCAACCGCUUCUUCACCCUGCUGCACUCGCAGCACCCCGACCUCGCCUCGUCGGGCUCAAAGAGCUACAAGAUCCCGCCCCCGCAGUGUCUGCGCGAAGGCAACAAGAAGACCAUCUUCGCCAACAUCAGCGAGAUCUGCAAGCGCAUGAAGCGUACAGACGAGCACGUCACACAAUUCUUGUUCGCUGAAUUGGGUACCUCCGGUUCCGUCGACGGUUCGCGCCGCCUUGUCAUCAAGGGUCGCUUCCAGCAGAAGCAAAUCGAGAACGUUCUCCGUCGCUACAUCGUCGAAUACGUCUCCUGCAAGACGUGCCGCUCGCCCGACUCCGACCUCACGAAGGGAGAGAACCGUCUCUACUUCGUCACCUGCAACUCGUGCGGUUCGCGACGAUCCGUUUCGGCCAUCAAGACUGGUUUCUCGGCCCAGGUCGGCAAGCGAAGGAGACAGCAGGGUUAG